GUCUAGGGCUGCGUCUGGCUCCCGCUCUCACAGCCAUUGCAGUACAUUGAGCUCCAUAGAGACAGCGCCGGGGCAAGCGAGAGCCGGACGGGCACUGGGCGACUCUGUGCCUCGCGGAGGAAAAUCAACUAAACAUGGGCAAAGGAGAUCCUAAGAAGCUGAGAGGCAAAAUGUCCUCAUAUGCAUUCUUUGUGCAAACCUGCCGGGAGGAGCACAAGAAGAAGCACCCGGAUGCUUCUGUCAACUUCUCAGAGUUCUCCAAGAAGUGCUCAGAGAGGUGGAAGACCAUGUCUGCUAAAGAAAAGGGGAAAUUUGAAGAUAUGGCAAAGGCUGACAAGGCUCGUUAUGAAAGAGAAAUGAAAACCUACAUCCCCCCCAAAGGGGAGACCAAAAAGAAGUUCAAGGACCCCAAUGCUCCCAAGAGGCCUCCUUCGGCCUUCUUCUUGUUCUGUUCUGAGUACCACCCAAAAAUCAAAGGCGAGCAUCCUGGUUUAUCCAUUGGUGAUGUUGCGAAGAAACUAGGAGAGAUGUGGAACAACACUGCCGCGGAUGACAAGCAGCCCUGUGAGAAGAAGGCCGCCAAGCUGAAGGAGAAGUAUGAGAAGGAUAUUGCUGCCUACAGAGCUAAAGGAAAACCUGAUGCAGCGAAAAAGGGGGUGGUCAAGGCUGAGAAGAGCAAGAAAAAGAAGGAAGAGGAAGACGACGAGGAGGAUGAAGAGGAUGAGGAAGAGGAGGAAGAAGAGGAAGACGAAGAUGAAGAAGAAGAUGAUGAUGAUGAAUAAGUUGGUUCUAGCGCAGUUUUUUUCUUGUCUAUAAAGCAUUUAACCCCCCUGUACACAUCUCACUCCUUUUAAAGAAAAAAAUUGAAAUGUAAGGCUGUGUAAGAUUUGUUUUUAAACUGUACAGUGUCUUUUUUGUAUAGUUAACACACUACCGAAUGUGUCUUUAGCUAGCCCUGUCCUGGUGGUAUUUUCAAUAGCCACUAACCUUGCCUGGUACAGUCUGGGGGUUGUAAAUUGGCAUGGAAAUUAAAGCAGGUUCUUGUUGGUGCACAGCACAAAUUAAUUAUAUAUGGGGACAGUAGUUUGGGUUU